AGAGAGAGAGAGAGAGAGAGAGAGAGAGAGAGAGAGAGAGAGAGAGAGAGUGUGUGAGAGAGUGAGAGAGAGAGAGAGAGAGAGAGAGAGUGGAUCAAACAGGCUGGAUAAAACUUUUGACGACUGAAAGCUGGAGUUUUUGAGGGCUUCAGAAACUACGCCAUCACCGAAGAACCAGCAGAGAAUGAGAUCAUCCCUCACAAUGCAGCCAUACAGUCACACAACUCCUGUAAUAAAUCUGUCUGCAACACAAUGGACUUCCUGCAGUAGGAUGCCGAGCCCUGCAGCACAGGUGCAAUAUUACAGUAUGCAAAAAAUUGUGCCACAUCAACAAAAUAUUCAACAGUCUCAUGGAUUAAGGAAUGAUCAGUCUUCCUCUCAGCCUGUUUCAAGUUCAGCACAUUUGCAGGCAAGACAGAUGACGUUUAGCAACGCAUUGAGCGACAUUUCUCUCAGACAUUCAUCUCAAACAACAGCUACUUUACCAAAUGGACAGUUUGCACAAUUGCCAGCAUCCCAGCAUUGGACCCUCACUCAAAACACCAACCAUCAUUUCUACUCAAUUCAGGAUGACCGUGAUAUUGUUCCUCAGCAGAACUAUAAUAUGGUACCCUUGAACAAUGUCAGUGGUACGACUGUUUCUUUAUCCUCUUCUGAUCAUAGUAAUGCAAAUAAUGUAGUUGAACAAAAUAACCUGAGACAUCAGUCAGUUUCACCCCAGUACGAAUAUUUCAAUGGACAUAAUCAUCGAUUGAACAAUCAGCAAUCUGCAGUUCAGCCACAACAAACAAAUCAGGUUUAUCAGGUUCUGUCUAAUCAGGCACCACAGAACAAUCACAAUAAUCAAGGUCAGAUAAGGGAAGGAAUAGAAAAUGGUGUUUUAUAUAACUCUUAUAAACACUACCAUGCUACAUCACAAAGACAUGUCACUCCAUCGCAGCCUUCAAACUACAAUCAACAGACUGGUCAGAGCCAUUCGAGCUAUAUGGCUAAUCAGGUUCAAUAUUCAUCACAAACCCAUCAUCAGACUCCACUCAACAGACAGGAGAACAAUUCUGCCAGUUACACUCUUGUAAAACACAGUGAAAAUAACCCGCCUUCUUACACACCAAACACAGUUCACCAUUUUGUUAACCCAAAUCAGAUGAUAAAUCAAAGUGCAGAAUUAGGUUUGCCUCAUGUCCAGCCCCAGAUUCAACAGCAACAUUGCAGAACCAAGCAAGCUACUGUACCUGCCAUUCAACGCAACAACCAACCACAAGACUUACAAUUAAAUAACCCAGUCACUGGGCUCAAUAGGUCCUCACAAGUUAUAUCUUCUAACAAACCUACCAGGACAUCACCGCCCAGCUAUUCAGAAACGAAUCUCAACUACACCAAAGUCAAUGUACAGUCUAUGCAAGAGAAGCACGGCACACACAUGCCUUCGAAAAAGCAUCGCACUAGAGCGCAGCAAAAACCAAGCCACAUUCCCUCUAAGGCAGGCUACUCUAAGACAUCAGAAUCUGCCCGUUUUAGUGCCUAUCCAAUCCUACACAGUAAAAAUAUCCAAAGGGUGACAGACUAUCAGACACCUGUCCAAAGAACAGAAAUUUUAAAAGAGAAUGAUGUGCUUUGUAAUCAAGUGACGGCAUCAGAUGUUCCAAGUUUUGAAGGGAUACUGACCAGAGGAAUACAGACAGACUCGACCACUGAGAGAAAAGUUGGAUGUGAACAUAACAGACAUGGAGAAGUGCAGUACAUUGAGGACAUAAAUGAAAAUCUGGAGUUUUUAAUUGCACAGCAGAAAGCGCUUCAACAAUCCCGCAAAGCAGUAGCUGUAGUUCCACCAAUUUCUCAGCAGGUUCCUGGUCCAGAAAAGAAAGACUGUGGCACAACAAGCUCUGAUGAUAGCCUGCCCUUCAAGAUAGAUGCUGUCUGGUCUCUUGAUAAGGACGCCAAGAACGUGGACCAAGACUCAAAUGCACAGAAUCAACCCAAAGAAAUCACAGAAGAAUUACUGCAGGUGUAUUCAGUACCACAGGAAUCUAACAAACAUGAAGAUGAAUCUACAGUUAAGAGCCUAAUAGCUGACACUCCAACUUCUUCAAACACAUCUCAAGGCCCUGUUUGCUCUACUGUUUCGGCAUCAGAAGCUCCAGAGGAGCGCAACAAAACCGACGAAUCAAAUCGCAAUAUAGUUGACUUGUCCGAGGUUGAAGAGCUUAAAUUUACAGUGGUGAAUUUUAAAAACUGGGUGAAGAUUUCUGAAAAUCAACUAGAAAGCAAUAUAAAAGAACCAGUAGCAAAUCUUGUGAAGCAUCUCUUGGAUCUCUUCUGGGAUGGAAAUGCACAAAAUUUAAUAAAAUACCUGCGUGACUUCCCUGCAUAUUACAGUAGUUUCUUCUCUCAAAUCUCCAGAAAAGACAUGCACACGGCAGUGUUUCAAUAUCUUCAUCCCAAAGACUUGAUGAAACUGGAACAUGGUUAUCACAUUCUGAAACACGACACAAACAUACCAACUGAGGAAUUUAGGUCCUCGUGGUUGAACGUGGAUGGACAGACAGCUGAUAUAGAAAAUAUUCUUGCAGAACCAAUUUUGGACUUAAACCUUACUGAUUAUGCUUUACUGGUGGGUCACAAUACUCUUAAUGCUUAUUCAGAGUCUGAACCUUCCACAAAGGUGAGUGAUGCAGAAACCCAUUGCCAGAAGGACAAGGAGAUUACUAAAGAGCUCGCAAACUCACAGCUAUGUGACAGUAAAUCCAUCGAUAAAAUCGAUACGCAAGAACCAACAAAGAAGCAUGAAGAUGAAAACCUUCAACACCAGCAGCCAAAUCAAAAUUUAAAUCCUGAGGAAUCUGAAGACGCAAAUGAAACAGCAGACACACUGUCCAAGAACAGUAGAGCAGAACGUGAACAAGUCUGCGGAGAUGCAAGAAAGGAACUUGUCACUUCUAAGACUUACUCAGAAUUCGUUGAGCAGUCAGAUCUUAUAAAUGAAGCUGAUUCCAGCAAUGACCCUAAAUUAACCGAACUCUCACUUCUGUUAUCUGAUGAUACUAGAACAAUUUCUAAGGAACAGUCUGGCUGCGAUUGGCAAAAAGAGCCUUCUCAGUUGUGCCAGGAUGAAACGACGGUUUUGGUCAUCUCAGACAGUGAGUCAAACGAUUUCUGCAAUUCAGGCAAGCAAAUCAAGUUCACUUGCCAUCAUGUGGCUGACAUCAAAUGGGAUGUUGAAAAUUUCUGCCCCAGGUGCUGGGAAGAGGCACCUUUACUGGAUCUAGAAGAAGCUCUCCACAGCCCAGAGGAGAGUAGUCCUAAUAUGAGUCCUGCUCAACAGAGUCAGUAUGAUCAAAGCUGUAAUCCACACUCUGGUAAUCCAGACUCAAAUUGUCCUGCAUUAUCAGAGAGUAGCGACAUAGCUGGCUCACCAACUUCAAUGGAUGAUGUAUCCGAAGUGACUUUCUCAGAACCAGAAUUUAACCCAGGUGAUACGGUAGAGAGUCCUGCACCAAAUAUUGAAAAACCAGUCAUUCCAGCACAAACCAGAAUUCCAGCAGAUGAGGUUUCUCCGCUUAAAGAUCGACCACACAAAAAGUUAAAACUAUCCAAACGUAAAAAAAAAACUGUAGAUGACCUUUUCACUGCUGAUGAAAAAGCUAACUCCAAAAAUACACAUCCAAGUGACCUUACUGUUACCCUAGCUGAAGAUGACCAGAAAUGUAGCGAUGAAAGAAAAGAAACAGAAGAAGAAAGAAAAUUCCAAUCAACUCCAAUCAAGCAGAAAAUUCAACUUAAUGCUUCAGAACCUGAUAAACAAGACCUGAAUGUGAACAUAUGCUCAGAGAGUAGCAGUGACUCUUCAAAUCCUUCAGCCUGUAGAGUUAAUAUGAGCCUCGAAGAUCCAGACACUGAUCAAGGUGAUUCAAAACCGAGCUCUAAUUUACCAAUUAAAGACUCAGAAUUAUCUGCUAAUUCACCAGAUAAAGAAGCGCAUGGACGAGUUCCCUCAGAGGGUGUUGACGUCACCGUGCCAAAUGUAGCACAAGUGUGUGAGGCACAAUCUCUCCCACAGAAAAUUGAAAAGAGAAAGACAGACAUUCUGUCACCGACAACAGCAUCAAAACAAAAAAUUUCUUCACCAAAAUAUCCACCAUAUAAAAAGGUAAAGGUUUAUAGAACUAUAUCGGAACCUACCGAAGAUGACCUUUUCACCCCGGAUAUCAUAGUCAAGAAAGCUAGCAGUCCAAAUUCAGCUCCAAGUGACCUGAAUGUUGAUCUCAAGCCUCAAGUGCUAAAUGAUAUGUUUCAGCUGAAAAGACCGACUGUUGCGCCAAAUUCCAAUGCCAACAAGAAGAAAAUACUUGGUAAGGCACAACCAACUGGACAAAGAGAAGGAAAGAAAAAAAUGAAAUUUGCACUGUAUGGAUUUAAUAAUGGCAAUGGCAGAAUGGUUCAGCAGCAGUUCUUCAACAGGACAAAGUCAUCAACAGCUCCUGUUUACAUCACAGUUUCAUGCACAAAUGAAGCAUCCCAGAGCUACACGGACGAUGCGCUUUCGGCUAAGCAGAAGGUCUAUAGCCAGUGGAGUAGCACGUUUGUGGAAACAAAAAAGAGUACCUCUUCUCGCAAGCAACGUCAAAAUGGUGUGAAAGGAGAACUGGAUUCCAUGAUGAAAGCACUCAAAAGACACCGUAAAGAAAGAUCUGUUAUCAGAGAGAAGCAAUUCACAGGUGGUCUGAAGCGAAAGAAGAUUGUAAAAAAGUGCUGAAGAUCUUCUUUGAAGUCAAAAAGCUGAAAUGAUCCCUUGCUGCGGAACACAAACUACACUGGCUCUUUAGUAUGUUAUAAAAUAAGCUUUUGCUUAUACAGAACCAGAGAGCGUUGGCCAAGAAUUAGCUCACGAACCCAUCACGCUUGUCUUUUAAUAAUGAGUUAGUGUGACUCACACCACCUAAAAAGAAAAAGGUGGACUAAAAAAAUCUUGAAAAAACUUGAAAGCUGUACAAAAACGAUAUGCACUGACUGUGGAUUUAGCUAUUUACAUGAAACUGUCUUUGAUUCAUUGGUAUAAAGCCUUCGCUUACAUCAUAAUCAUAAUCCUAGACAACAUCAUUUCUUGACAUUUUAAAUUCUUCUUUAUUGUAAUUUUUUUUUCUUUUACUUUUGCUGCUAAUCAGUCACCACGUACGGUAAAAUCUGGUUAAAACGUGUCAAACAAGCCAUUUCGUCUGCACUUGUUUUAUAGUAAAUCGUAAAAGCUAGCAUUAUGGUUCAUUUCAGUGCUGAAUCCACUAUUCUAUUCUUUCACUUAAAAUGUCGAGUGAAAGAGUAGGUUCUUUUUUUGUUCUCUUUCCUACUAUAAGUAACUGCUUGAAAUGGAUGAUUUGUAGCUGAUAAUAUUCUGUGUGUCAUUUUACUUCACUACAUUUUUAGUGGUUCAUGAACUUUAAGAUUUUAUUUGGCCCAAGAGCUGGUAACUUGAUGGCCAUUGUGAACUUUUUUUUUAUGUUGUUGAUCUUUAUUUUUGUAAACACUUUUAUAAUAAAUUCUUUGUAAAAAAAAAAAUUGUCAUUGGGUGAAUUAGUUUUGU